GGCGCCUCCGUCACACCCACCGCACACACACGCCCUUGCACGCAGCAAGCGCCCGCAUCCAGGUUCCAGCCCAGCCCCGAGUCUCCUCUCGGACCCCCGCACAGUCACAGCUGGGAUCUGCUCCACCCUGCCCCCGGGCCCGCCAUCGGCGAGCAGCCCCCUGGUGCAGGCAGGCAAGCCCCCUGCUGGCCCCCUGGCCCUGCCAGCUGGCUGCGACCCCUGGGUGACUCGGAAGCUGCUAGAAGGCGUCGUAUCCAGAAACACUAAGGUGUAUACAAAAUAUUGGAGUGCAGAUCCAGGAGCCAUAAGAACUUCCACCUUGAAAUAAGGAUUUAUUUUAUAUGUUCCUUGGUCUUCAUAUUAAUUAACACUUUUAAAAAAAAAGGAAUUAACACAUUUGCCACAAGGGAAUUUUUUUUUUUUUUAAAUCAUACUACCUGCACUAUCCAAUGCCUAAGAAUAGCAAGGUCAUAAAAAGAGAAUUAGACAAUGAGGUCAUUGAAUCUGUCAAAGACCUUCUUUCCAAUGAAGACUCAGCUGAUGAUGCCUUUAAGAAGAGCGAACUAAUUGUUGAUGUCCAAGGAGAUAAAUACACAGACGAUGAAGAAGAAUCUGAGGUCAAAGACGAAAGACCAGCUUGGAACAGUAAACGGCACUAUAUCCUGGCUCAGAUUGGAUUCUCUGUAGGUUUAGGGAAUGUGUGGAGAUUCCCAUACCUAUGUCAGAAGAACGGGGGUGGUGCAUAUCUCGUGCCAUAUUUUAUACUCCUAAUGGUAAUAGGCAUUCCCCUUUACUUCCUGGAACUUGCUGUGGGUCAAAAAAUACGGCGAGGUAGCAUUGGUGUAUGGAACUACAUAAGCCCCAAACUGGGCGGGAUUGGAUUUUCCAGUUUAAUAGUGUGUUUCCUUGUGGCUCUCUACUACAAUGUCGUCAUUGGCUGGAGUCUUUUUUACUUUUCUCAGUCUUUUCAGAACCCUCUACCUUGGGAUCAAUGUCCUUUGGUGAAAAAUGCUUCACACACAUUUGUCGAACCAGAAUGUGAGAAAAGUUCUGCCACCACGUAUUACUGGUACAGAAAAGCGCUGAAUAUUUCCAGCUCCAUUUCUGAGGGCGGGGGCUUACAAUGGAAGAUGGGCCUCUGCUUGCUGGUUGCCUGGGUCUUGGUUUGCUCGGCUAUGGUCAAAGGCAUUCAGUCCUGUGGAAAAAUCAUAUAUAUUAGUUCUCUGCUCCCAUUUGUGGUCCUUUUCUGCUUCCUAGUCAGAGCACUUCUUUUAAACGGCUCAGUUGAUGGUAUCCGUCACAUGUUUACCCCCAAGAUUCGAAUAAUGCUGGAUCCCAACGUCUGGAAAGAGGCUGCCACUCAGGUGUUCUUUGCCUUAGGCCUGGGAUUUGGUGGUGUAAUUGCCUUUUCCAGCUAUAACACAAGAGACAGCAACUGUCACUUCGAUGCUAUCCUGGUGGCCUUCGUCAAUUUUUUUACUUCCAUCCUGGCAACACUGGUGGUGUUUGCAGUUCUGGGCUUCAAAGCAAAUGUCAUAAAUAAGAAAUGCAUAGCAGAAAAUUCGGAAAUGAUCACAGCAUAUUUGAAAGCAGGCACCAUUAGUCAGGAUAUUAUUCCCCAUCACAUCAACUUUUCAGCUAUUACUACAAAAGAUUAUCAUUUAGUUUAUGACAUCAUUCAAAAAGUGAAAGAAGAUUUUCCUGAUCUCCAUCUGAGUGCCUGCAAAAUUGAAGAGGAACUAAAUAAAGCUGUUCAGGGGACCGGCUUAGCCUUUAUUGCCUUUACAGAAGCCAUGACCCACUUACCUGGUGCUCCCUUCUGGUCAGUGAUGUUUUUCCUCAUGCUCAUAAACCUAGGACUGGGCAGCAUGUUUGGAACCAUGGAAGGGAUCAUCACACCUACUGUGGAUACUUUAAAAGUGAGGAAAGACAUCGUGACUGUCAUCUGUUGUUUUGUGGCAUUUUUUGUGGGCCUGAUAUUUGUGCAAAGCUCUGGAAAUUACUUUGUUACAAUGUUUGAUGAUUAUUCUGCCACUCUGCCUUUGCUAUUUAUAGUCAUUUUGGAAAACAUUGCUGUCUCCUAUGUUUAUGGCAUAGAGAAGUUUAUGGAAGACCUAAAACAUAUGCUGGGCUUUGCUCCUCACAGAUACUACUAUUACAUGUGGAAAUACAUUUCACCUCUAGUCCUGACUGCACUCCUUGUAGCCUGUGCAGUGAAUAUGGGAUUAAAUGCUCCUGGCUACCCUGCAUGGAUUGAAGACAAGGCAUCUGAAGUAUUUCUGAACUAUCCAGCAUGGGCAACGAUUCUCUCUAUCUCUCUCAUGGUCCUAGCCCUCCUCCCCAUCCCAGUGAUGAUCAUCAUUCGUUACCCCAAUCUCUUGGACCAUCGUUCUGGGAACUUAUCAUCUGUGUCCUAUAAGAAAGGAAGGGCCCUGAAACAGCCUGUGAGCUUAGAAAGAGAUGAUGCCAGCCUCAUUCAUGAAAGGACAUCAAGUGAGGUGUCAUCGCCAGAUUCUGGUAAGAAUAUUUACCGAAAACAGUGCGGAUCAUCCACUCCGGACACUGCUCCCAAUGGACGGUAUGGGAUAGGGUACUUGAUGGCAGAUAUGCCGGAUAUGCCCGAAUCUGACUUGUAGCUGGGGGAGGAGUCAGUAGAUUUGACUUGAUUCAUUUUUAUUAGAGUCUUGACUCUACAAAGAGAAGCAUUGGGCUUUUGCUUCUCAGAGAGCGACUCAGACAUCCAUGACUGUGACUUUUAAACCAGACAGUGUAUGUAAAUUUAACUAGAGAUUUACUCUGGAUUCUUUGUUUUACAUUUGGACAGAAAGUGUUAUCAGGCAAAGCUUAUGAAACCAAUGUUGGUCAACAUUUUUAAAAAUAUGUUUGGCGUUUUGUUUUUUUUCCUCUAGUAUUUCUGUCUCUAAAAUAAAACAAGUAUUACCUCAGUUUCUACUAAUUUCCAGUUUUGACAGCAUUGGAAAUUUUAAAAAAUUGGUAUAUUUUAAAAUUUGUAAGUUUGCCUUCAGGUUAACUCUCAGUAUUACAGUAAGCUGCUGUGUAAUUUGGUAUCCAUAAUAUAUGUCCAUAAAUAUAUAAAGAGGUUAUACUCGUUUCAGUAGCACUGAUGCCUUCUUAGACAAUUAGUUGAAGAAAAAUGCAAAAUAUUUUCAUACUUAAUCACUGUGUAGAACAAUGGAAUCAGAGAAUAAAAUAAGAAGGCACGGGUGCUGGGAUAAAAGGUCAGAUUCAGAGGCAUCUGAGUACCGCCUAUGAUGAUUAUAUUUUGUGUAAAACGUAUGUGUGAAAAUGAUCUAAGAGUGAGUCAUUCAGCACUCUCAAGAAUUCUGCAGACUCUGCAUUUUUUCUAAUGCCGUGUGCCUAAGAUAUUCAUUGUGGUUUUCAAGAUUACUCAUCCUCUAUUUAUUUAAUAUACUUGAAAUGUAUAUAGACAUAUAUUAGUACUCAAACUUGAAGCAAGAUGGCAUUUCAUUUCAAAUUUUUUUGCUUCUGUUUUAUGCAAAUAUAACAUCUUUUUUAAGUGACUGUUAAAGCUGUAUGGCAUUACAUGUUAAGCUACAAAUAAACAAAGUUGAAGAAUUA